UGGUUCUGGCAAAAUAUGUCAUUCUCCUCAACUUUCUCAAUCAGAACACAACCAACUCUCAAACCCUCUCGAAAAAUGCGUGGCUGGGGUCUUCGCGGAAUGAUUCAAAAUCCACUGCUGUGGCCAAUCUACGCCCUGUGCGCCGCGGACAUGGCCUGGCUGUCGUUCCACAUCGUGCGCACCUCCCUGUACAAUCCGGAUGUCGUUUGGAACCACAACAGCAACCCGGAACCGUGGAACGAUCACCGGGAGAAGCGCUAUCGGCUCUGGGCGGGAACCUACGACUACUCGAAGCGUCCCUGUUUGGCUCCAAUUUUCAAGGACGGUGAUGUCAUUCCGGUUGCGCAACCGGAUGAUGAUUAGGACAUGUG